UUUCAAACCGUAUCAAAGGAGACGGAGAAAUAUUUGGUCAAAAAAACAGACAGAAGACCAAAUCAAAACUCUCUAUUCCUUUUGUGUUCUGUUUUUCUGUAGGGAGUUUUCGAAUUUUCUUAAAAACUCGCAUCGAUCAUGGCUACUGAUGAAACGAUAUUUGAUCACCUAAAGAAGGAGAUCCCAGUGGACGAGGAGUCUCUUCUUCUGAACCCAGACUCGAGCGUAGGUCUCGUCAUCGUCGACGUGGUCAAUGGUUUCUGCACCGUUGGCUCCGGCAACAUGGCUCCAACGAAGCCCAACGAGCAGAUAUCGAAGAUGGUGGAGGAAUCUGCAAUGCUCGCAAGAGAGUUCUGCGAUCGUAAUUGGCCCGUCUUUGCGUUUCUAGACUCUCACCAUCCCGAUGUUCCGGAGAUCCCUUAUCCUCCUCAUUGCAUCAUAGGAACUCAAGAAGCAGAACUUGUUCCUGCUCUACAGUGGCUUGAAAGUGAGACUUGUGCCACUCUUAUGCGGAAGGACUGCAUUAAUGGGUUUGUGGGUUCGAUGGAGAAAGACGGUUCUAAUAAGUUUGUGGAUUGGGUUAAGGAGAAACAGAUCAAAGUUAUUGUGGUUGUAGGUAUCUGCACAGACAUAUGUGUGUUUGAUUUUGUGGCUACUGUACUCUCUGCUCGAAACCAUAGUGUUCUUCCUCCUUUGGAAGAUGUGAUAGUUUACUCACGUGGAUGCGCCACUUAUGACCUUCCUCUUCAUGUCGCAAAAGACAUUAAAGGCGCUCAGGCUCAUCCUCAGGAGAUGAUGCACCAUGUAGGUCUAUACAUGGCUAAAGGAAGAGGAGCUAAGGUAGUCUCUCAAGUUUCUUUUGAUCCUUGAAAGAAAGACUAUCUCUCAAGAAAACUUAUAUCAUUUUUGAUUUCGAUUGAUUCAGUCGAUUGUUGAGUUUGCCAUUUUUUUUAUGUUGUAAUACAAAUGAACAAAUAAAAACACACAAAAGCUGUUUCUCUUGUAA